UGUGUUGGUGUGAUGAGACUGAUGGUGGGGUCAACACCGACCGGCUCUUUCUAGCUCUUCUUGUACACUAACUUGGGGAUUUAAGAAAUCAGGAUAUUGUUUGAUUCAGAGAAGUUGAAGUGAAGCUGGAUUAAACGAAAACCAUGACACAGGAGGGGGAGAAAACUGCUCCUACUGCUGAGGCUGAGGUGCUGGAGGAUGCAGAGGAUGAACCUGUUCCAGAAAAGCCUGCUAAAAAUGUAACAAGUCCAGAAGUAGUGACUGACAACAAGGAAAAAGAACCUGAAAAGCCUAAAACAAAUCCCAAAGUAGAGCGUCGCUCCAAACCUACAGGCAAGAUGGUGAUGUGUCGGGUCACCUUGCUUGAUGCAUCCACUUUAGAAAUAGAGCUUGAUAAAGGAGCAAACGGCCAGGUGUUAUUUGAUAAAGUGUGUACAAAGCUCAACCUUCUAGAAGUAGAAUAUUUUGGACUGACCUACCUUGACAAGGAUGUAAAGUGUUGGUUGGCUGGAGACAAGAAAAUUGCAAAACAAUUGAAAGCAGGAUGUCGGUGGGUGUUCGAAUUUGCUGUGAAAUUUUAUCCUCCAGAACCAUCACAGUUAACAGAAGAUAUCACAAGAUACCAGUUAUGCCUACAAGUCAGAGUUGACUUAUAUAAUGGAAAAUUGCCAUGUUCAGUAGUAACACAUGCACUGCUUGGGUCCUACACAGUACAGGCAGAGCUUGGUGAUUAUGAUCCAGUCGAAUGUGCACAAGGUUACCUGGAGGAGUUUGACUUCGCACAGAAACAGACUCCAGAUCUUCUAAAAAAGAUACAUGAACUCCAUAAAACACACAAGGGACAAUCACCAGAAGAGGCCGAAGGAAUGUUUCUAGAAAAUGCAAAGAAGUUAGCAAUGUAUGGGGUAGACAUUCACAAAGCUAUGGAUUCAGAAAAGGUGGAGAUUGCAUUAGGCGUAUGUUCCAGUGGUUUGAUGGUGUACAAAGACAAACUUAGGAUAAACCGAUUUGUGUGGCCGAAAAUUCUCAAACUGUCAUACAAACGCAAUAACUUCUACAUCAAAAUUCGUCCAACAGAGAAAGAUUCAUUUGAAAACAUGAUAUGUUUUAAGUUAGUUAACCAUAAAAUGGCCAAGCGGUUAUGGAAAACAUGUGUUGAACACCACACAUUUUUCAGGUUAAAAGAAGCUGAAGCUCCUAAAGGAGGGACUCUAUUCCCUCGUUUCAAUUCCAAGUUCAGAUACUCUGGUCGCACACAGAAACAGCUGAAGGACAGAACAGAUCUUGUUGAACGACCAAAGCCUGAGUUUGAAAGGACACACUUUAAGAACAAAUCUAUGCCAUAUCCAGAGGAUAAAUCUGCAAAACUAAAUGAUAGUGAUGACUAUGGCAAGAAAAACUCUGACCAUCCACUGGACGAGAACGACAGAAUGGACAAAAAGUAUGGUGAUCCUGAUGCCAUUGCCAAUGCAGGGCCACCUCCCUAUUCCUCACGAGAGCUGGAUGAGCAAGGCCAGAGAGCACCAGGUGAUGAAACACAUGCAGACCGCCCAAGCGGACCCCCAGGGGAUGAGUCCGAGGACAGACUUGACCAGGAAAGGGACAAGGUCGCCACUAUGACUGCCCCUGAUGGCACUGGAGAUACCGCAGAACUUGAUGCUGGUGUAGGCCUAACAAACGUUGGGAGAAAGAGUAAACGUUCAAAGGAGGAAAAGGAAAGGGAAAAGAGAGAAAAAGAAGAGGAGAAGAAACGGAAAAAGGAAGAGGAGAAAGAAAGAAAACGUUUGGAAAAAGAAAGAAAGAAGAAAGAAAAAGAGGGCAAUAAAUCAACAUCAGAAGACAGAAGUGAUAGAUUAGGUGAAGGAGUUGCUACAGAAACCGCGCCAGGAGACAGUUAUGGAGAUGCUGCUACACUACCAAGGGAAACCAACACUAAAGAUGCAGGAGAUGAAGGAAGUAGUGUUGACCCUGUCCCCAACGAAUCCUGCAUGGACAGUGACAACAAAAACGACAAAAAGAAAGAAGUGAAGUUUCUUGAUCAGUGUGUCCCAAUAGAGGCAGAUACCUCUGUAGAAGUUAAGGAGACUCCUAUAACAUCUCCCACCAUCAUUAUUUCGGCUGCCCCUCCUCAGCUAGAGGAAGAGGAGCAUGUUGUCAUGGAGGUUGUCAAGGAAACAGAAGCAGAGGUCAAAACAGUAGAUGAUGUCAAGGUUACUGAUCAAGAGAUUGUCAAUGAGAUGAAUAAAGGAGGAACCGCAGAAGAAGUUCAAAUAGAACCACCAGCUGUAGUUGUAGCAAGUGUGGAAAAGUCGGAGCAGAUUAUUCCAGAUGAAAAUAUUGAAGAUGAAGUUUUCGAAACAGAAGCAGAACAUGCUGAGAAGGUUGAGGCAGCAUUAGUAACAAAAGCAGAAACAGUAUCUUCUACAGAAAAUAUUGUGACAGAUGCUUCAGACACAAAUGAAAAAGCCAUUGUCGCAGAGAACAGACCGACAGAACAAACUGUUCCUGUGACUAACCAAGAAAAAUCAGCCAAGGAGGAAGUUUCGGUAUCACCAGAGGUCUGUAUGGAAUCGGCGAAAAAUCCAGUUGAAGAGGAGCAACCUGACCCAAAGGUCACAGAAGUGGUGGCAUGUGUGGAGACAAUAGUGCCCGUGGAGGACUCACCUCCACACAACACAGAGGAACAUGUAGUACAAGAAGACAAAACUGCAGUCCAGCAACAAAAACAAGAAAGUUUGGAAACAGCAGAUGAAGUUAUCCAUGAGGUUGUCAAAGGGGAGAUAAUUCUUCCUGUGGUAGUAACUAAUGAGGAGGCUGAGAAUCAGCCCAAGGAUCAAGCAGAGGCUGGUCCAAGUAAAGUGUCAGAAAGCAAAGAGGCAGAUGAUCAGGUCGACAAGCAGGAACUCAAGAGGCGGGAAAAGGAAGAAAAACAAAAGGAGAAAGAACGAAUUAAAAAAGAAAAGGAAGAAAAGAAAAAAGAAAAAGAAGAGCAGAAGAAAAUUGAGAAGGAGAGGAAAAAGAAAGAGAAACAAGAAAAGGAAGAACAAAAAAGACUUGAAAAGGAAAGAAAGAAGAAAGAAAAGGAAGAAAAGAAGGCAAUGGCAGCUGCUGCUGCUGCAGUAGAGAAAAAGGAUGAAGAAGUUGGAGAGGAAAAUAAGGAGGAGGAUAAGGAAGAAGCAGAGGCCAAGGCUGACCCUGUACAGAUUGAGCUAGCUGCUGCAUUGGUGCAGAGGAGGGGCAAGGAAGAGGAAGAAGUGAUAGAAGACAAAGAAGAAAUAAAAGAAAACACAGAGGACCAAGCUCAAGAAGCAGCUGCAACAGCUGAGGUUGAUGAAGAAACGGUUCAGGAAACAAAAGAGGAAACUGUAGAGGUGGAUGUUGCAAAAGAAACAAAAAUAGGUAAAAAAGCCAAAAAGGAAAAAAAGAAGAAAAAAGAAAAAAAGGAAAAACCUAAAAAAGAAGACAAAAAGAAAGACAGUACAACUGGUUGCUUUAGUUUCAUUGGAGCUAAAAAAGCCGAUAGUGACCAAGAGGAGGUAGAGGAGGCCCCAGCAGAGGAGAUGCCAACAGAACCUUGGGUCACGGUAGAACCAAAGGAGUCAGAGGAACCUAAACCAGCAGAAGCUGAGGAGGCCAAUGUGAGUCCAAAGCAGAGGGGAGUUGGCCUAGGAUGGGCAUUGCCCGGUUUCGCUGAGAUGAAAGAGAGGCAAGCUGCUGCUGCAGCCAAGCCUGUAGAAAAUGAACAGCCUAGGUCUAUGUCAACCUCAUCAGCAAAAUCCUCGUCAUCUUCAUCUGCGACCAGUACAGAGGGUGAACACUUUCCGCAGGAGCCUCGUGCUCCCUUGGCUGAAUUUUCGGAGGGGUUGAGUUCAGAGGGAGGACUAGAUGCAGAGGAAGAUCCUACACUAGGUAACUGGCCGUACGGAAAGGAGGGCUCUAUUGACCGACGCAUGCAAUUUAUCCCAGUCACAGCUCCUUCUACUGAAACAAAAGAAAAACAAAAUACCCAGGAUAGUUCUAUGCCAUUUUUCGAUCCUGCAUCAACUACUGAUAACUCAGAAAAGGAAGGAACUCUGGGUAAAAAAGUGCCUCCACCUGUCGCACCAAAGAGUGCACGAUUGAGCCAGAUGGUUGAAGAAGAGAAAUUGAGAAGGGAAGAAGAAGAAAGACUGAGAAAGGAAGAAGAAGAUAGACGUUUACAAAUGGAAGAAGAAGAAAGAAUAGCUGCUCUACCACCCACAGUAGCUACCGAGAGCAGGAAGUAUGACCCAGAAACAGAGGAGACACCAAUAGCAACUACAAAUGUCCCCAUAGUAAAAACAGAAACGCGAACAGUCACUUACGAAAAAGAUGGUGUUCCAGUGGCUAUUGAGGACAUCACAUUGAUAAGUUCCCAGUCACACUCAACACGAACACAGCUUAGUGAAACGACAACAUAUAGAGCCGAGACAAAUGGUGUUGUCGAAACACGAAUGGAGAAGAAAGUUAUCAUCACAGAGGAUGGAGACAAUGACAUCGACCACGACGAACUUCUGGCAGCAGCCAUCCGCUCUGUAACAAACAUGGACCCCAACCUUUCGGUGGAGCGAAUAGAGUACACGAAACAAGUAGACAACCCAAGUGGGGACACUCAGGUUUAACAUUAUACAGAUAGCCUUGUUGAGAGGGACACACUACACCUUACAGUUCAUACUUCGCCAUUGCUAUGCCGAUAACAUAAACAGCUACAGCAGCCAUCGUGGUCACCUGAUCUUACAGUGCCUAUAGACUCAUCCUCCAUGUAUAAACAAUUCAUCGUACAUUUAUCAACAUCCAUACAAAGACUUAUAAUCCUGUACCAUUUCAUCAUGAUAAAUAAAACUAUUUUUAGCCAUCAUCUCAUUGAUAUCUUGUACUAAGUGACAUGUAAACUCAUCUAAAUGUUUGAAUACUGUUCUGUUUGUCAUGGUGAAACUAGUUCCUGAUUUCAUAAUCUAGUCAGUGCUAGUGGAAUUUUCUUUUUCUGUAGCACUAGAUGAGUUUGUGGGUUUCUGUAACUUAACCGGUUAGAUAUACUGAGCAUGUCAUUCAGUAGGUGAAAUGUGACACUUGUGUACAUAAACACUGAAUAUCCCAUGCCAAUGGUUCUGUUGAUGGAAACAAUUGUGUACAUAAACACUGAAUGAAUGGGAUACGUGUACAAUAAAACUGACUGACUUUACCAUUGCUGUGGUUCAGUACGUAAAAUGUGACAUGUACAUCAAUACUGAUUGAGUAUGCCAUGCCAAUGAUUCAGUUGGUGGAAAGUAACAUGUGUACAUUAACUCCAUAAUUGAAUAUGCCACACCUGUGGUUCAGUUGGUGGAAUGUAACGUGUACAUUAACACUUAUUGAAUAUCCCAUGCCUGCGGUUCAGUUGGUUGAUUACAACAUGUGUACAUUAACACUGAUUGAUUAUCAACUAUUCAGCUUUCCACUUUCAUCACUAACAAGCAGUUCAGCUGGUGGAAUAAAUUACCAUGGUUUACUGUUACUUUUUUUUUUAGAUAUACAGCCCCACAAUUUAUUUAUUUUGUGAUCCUAUGUUGUCGAGCUUAGAUUGGUUGUCUAUUUUAGGGAUAUUCACAAGCUCUUCAAAGUCCAUCUUCAUAUGAAUUUCAGUGCAUUUUUUCACAAAUAUGGAUAAAUUUUACCUGACGUUUGAUCGUUUGCAACAUCAAACGAGCUAUAGUCCUGCCACAGACAGGACCUGAAACCAGAUUGGAAAUUAAAUUGGGAUCCAUGGGGGAUUUGCAAUAAGAGUUGUAUAAUUUUGUAGAUAGAUUUCAUAUAGAUUUGAGUUAAAUCUUUUAAAGAUAAAUUAAGUUGUAAUAAUAGUGUACAGUUAAUGAUUAUUCAAAUACCUAAUUAUAUAAUAUUUGCAUGUUAUGCUAAACAUACUGAAAGAUUGUGUUAGAGGUUGUCAUGGAAACAUUUUAUGAAAUCUUUGAAGGAUAUUCAAAGGAAAUCAUUGAGAAUAUUGUCACAGAGAGCAUAUAACUUUUCGUCAAUGUUAGUCCUGCAUGAAAGUAGGGGAUAGUUGGCAAUAAUUGUACAUGGAGUGCCACCUACAGGGCAAAACACACAUUAAUGCCUAAUUCAUUGAAUGAUACUGAUAUCUGAAAGUUUAAAUAGAAAUGAAUUGAUGCAUAUUGGGGUGAAUAGCUUAUUAUUGUUGCAGAUGAACAAAACCUAUGGACCUGUUGAUGUGUUGCUUUUGUUGCACUUUAGCUCUCCAAUUUUUUUUAAGUUGCAUUUUACCUUUUUGACAUGACUUUUGUUUUUAUGUUUCAAGCAACGGUUUGUUUACGUAAUAGUGCCAGUGUGUCAUAGCAAAUUAUAAAUCACAGGAGAAUUUAUUAAUGUGACCAAAAAACAUGUAGAAAAAGUGUGUAUAGAUUACUUAGUUAACUUGUUUUCUGAGGAAUGAUCGUUUAGUGAUGGCUUAGUUAUGAUUUGAUGACUUUUGAAAUUAGCCAAGGGCAGCAAUUAAGUACUGAAAGAUAUGUGAAUGGGAGAUAACUCUAAAUAAAAAAAAUUCCCUUUCUCAAUUGGUUAACACACUAAAUUUCAUAUGGAAGUAAACAUAAGUUACCUGAAGAAAGAAACCAUGUGAUGAAGUAUACUUGUAUUAAAAGCCAGGCCACCUACUUCAUAUUUAUGAUGGUAAAGAUCACUGCAUGUGCUGGUUAUAUAUUUUGAACAUAUGGUUUUCACUGCACCGUAAAUUAAAAGGGCAAGAGUUAUUUGCAAAUUGUUGAAAUAGUUGAUGUUUUGACAGCUGUUUGUCACCUUUGGAAAAUAAUCCUAGGAAGUAAGGAAACUUAUUUCUGUCAUCAAGUGCUGUGUUGUGUAAUUUCGUUGUUAGUUAUGUCUUUGCUAACAGUAAUAAUGCCCCACCAUUGUGUUAUGUCCGUCAUAUUCACUAGAUAAAUUAAAUUUGUCCAUUGGUCUGUUAUUUAGAUGAUGAAUGGCCCUGAAGCAGUUUGUGAUUUAUGCUGAAAGAUAAUGAGGAUCUAGAUCAUCAGCUCAUUUUAGUUGUAAUUGUGAAAGUUCAAGUCAGUGCAAGAAUUUUGACAGAGUUCAAGGGUCAAAGUAAGGACCUUCUCUCCUGUCAAACAAAUUUAUUUUUGUUUAUGUUAGUCAUAUUGAAAUCCUGAUUGAUUUGCAAUACUAGCGUCUUACUUACUGGAGCAGUUUUAUGCCUUAAGCAAAAUCUGUCAUGAUGCACUUUUGUAGUCACACAUUUAAUACAUUGUUUUUUGGCUGUAGAUUCUCCAUUUAUUUUAUUUUCAGAAGUCUGAAAUUUGUUUUUAUUACAUGAUUAUUAUUAUUAUUAGCUAAGUUUUUCUUGUAGAAAGUUAUUGCUCAAAUGUCUUGUUGCUUUUAUGAUUAUUAAUCAUUUAUUUUCAUUCUCUCUUAAAAACAACCAAUAUGCAGUAAUGGUAUCAAGUUAUCAAAUUAAAAACAGCAGAGUUAAUGUUACACUGAUAAUAGUAACGUAGUAAUACAAUAACUGGGUUUAUUUGGAUUUCUCAUUGUGUAAGGUGCCCAUACAAAAUUAUUUUUAUGAAAUAAUAGGUAACAUUGUGCCAAAAAUUAUUAUUUUGGGAAAACAACAAAAAGUGUUAAGAGGAUAUUUACCUGGAAUCAUUACCGCAUGCCUGUGUUUCUGUAAGCCUUGUAAAGGCACAUCUACUUUAUAAUCAAUGCAUAUUAAUUGAGCCUAGCAGGGGCUCUUUUCUCAUGGUCUGGGGAAAGGGAGCUUACUGAUGAGGACAUAAUAAUUGUAGAUCAAUUUAAUUUUUAUUUGUACAAAAUCACAAAAUAAAAUAAUUUUUAACUUGU